AUGUGGAUGUGUGUUGUGGUGAGGUAUGGGGGCGUUGUUACAUGUGGCAGGAUAAGCACCUGUAUUGGCGGUUACUCCACUUUUGGGCACCAUGUUGGAGACUGGGAACGGGUCGUAAUAACAUUCAAGGAUGACAAACUGUACUCGAUAUAUCUCUAUAUCCAUGGAUCAGAAGCUACUGCACAGUUUGGCGGAGAAUUCAUUUGGGACGGGCAAAGCUUCAAACAAGGUUCACGCACCGUGUCGCUGACCGAAUGCAGCCACCCGGUGAUUUACUCGGCAAAGGGUUCCCACGGUUCCUGGCCAGAACCCGGGGAGCACGUGUACAAGGAUAUCAUCAUGGAUAAGCUGGUCGACUCUUGCAGCGACGGCCAGGAUUGGCAAACCUGGAACAACCUGAAAGUUGUCAAGAACACCGGUGCUCCCUUCACUGGCGAGUUCAGCUUCCUGAACUUCAAAGGCCGCUGGGGAAAUAGAGAGUCUGAAUGCACACUUCGGACAAUCGGGAUCGAUCAGUGCAUCUUGAGUAACGGUCCCACGGGUCCACUGAAUUAG